GUGGGAUUAACCAGUUGGCGGCUUAUCUACACGAGUGUUGGUUUAGUUAUAUUUAGAAGUGUUCUGUUACCAAGCUGAGUUGUAGAGAAACUUGCAGAAUAUACACGGGAUAUACAGAUAUACAUGUAUUUACCAGCAGCUUAGGGAUUAUAUGUAGGGCUUCUAUAUUGCCAUUGGAAUAAACUUCAUAUCCUGGCCUUUUGCAAGUAUGGAUAAACAGAAUGGAGCUGCCCAGAGUGUCAAACAAAAGCACCUUUUCCAAGACUUGGAGUUACAGGUUAAUAUAGAUGAUACUAUGGCAACUGAAAACGAUGAUUUGGAACUAGGCAAUAUCGGCGUUGCCAAUGACGACAUAAACCUCCUCCUCCAAGAAGCAGCAGAUGCGAUUAGGAAGGAAGAAUACACUGACGCCGUUCGUAUCUACGAACGCUUGUUGGAUGAAGACAUUCACGAUGUAGAGAGGCGAAGUGAGAUUUUUGAGAGGCGAUCAUUUUGUUUGGAGAGAAAGGGAGAAUUUGUUAGAGGUUUAAAGGACGCCGAGACAGCGUUAAAGCUUAAGAAGAACAUAACGAAUCAGAUCAGACUGGGUGAGGCCUUGACGAAGUGUCGAAGGUAUGAAGAGGCCUUGGAGGUAUUCAAGGAGGGGCUAGAAAUGGACCCCAAGAACAAAAUCAUAACACAGAACCUCGUUGAAAUGCAGCACUUUAUCUUCAGCUCGUUCAAAGGAAAAGAGAAAGAUUCUGACAUGAGCUAUAACCCUGUAGAGAUCUGCAGCCAAGACCCUUACCCAGAAGACAGAGAAAUGAUCCAAAUUGAAGCAAAAAUCUUAAAGCAAGUGGCAGGUGAAUCUCCGGAGAUAGAAGUGAAAACACAGGACGUCAAGGAGUCUGCCAGAAGAUUGGCUCUCGGCCAGCAGAUGCUGCUGCUCGGAAACCACAAAAAGGCCCUGGAACACUUUUCUAUGGCACUCGCCUUUAACCCUAACAACGACAGGUGUUGGGGUGGUCGAGCCAGUGUAUUCUAUGCAUUGAAAAAGUACAAAGAGGCCUAUAUGGAUCUUGUUCAGAUACCAAAGCCGAAUAGAACGAUGGAUGAAUGGACAUUGGGAGGGAAAGUUUUCUACGAGCUUGGCUUCUUGGUUCAUGGUGAGCUAUGGUGUAAGAAGGCGACGCAGUUGAGCCCGACGAAGAACUGCGAACCAGCCAUAUUGUUUCAACAGAUCAGAACACAGAGGGUGUACUCACAUAGUUGCAAAGACCUACCAAUUGAGGUCAGAUUCUCGGAGUAUGGAAGAGCAGUAUAUGCAACUGAUGAUAUUAAAGCUGGAACUGAUAUUUUUAAAGACCUUCCCAUAGUGUGGUCUCCUAUCAUAGAUUCAGUGAAGAAUCCAGCAUGUGUACAGUGUGCGAAAUCAUUGCUAACAGCUGCUGAUUAUUUUGGAGAUAAUUAUCUCAAGAUGAGCCAAAGUGAACGUAGAUUGGUAAAGGACAACUGGCCGGAGAUUGACAUUGUGGACUGUGAGAAAUGCUAUCAGGAAAAAUAUUGCAGCGUGAAAUGUCAGAAAGAGGCUUGGGACACCUGCCACAAAGUGAUAUGUCCCGGAGUGAAUAGAUCGUCUGCUGCAUUGUUCGACUUUAACGAUCGUGGGGAAACCGAGGAGGAUGGUAUGUGGAAGUCAGAAUGUUCCCCAAUGAUACUUGCCAGAAUCUGGGCCCAGAUUAUCGCAGAGGCUAAACGACUCACCGACGUCAAGAACCUUACAGCUCCAACCAUAGAAGAAUGGGCUCUCGCUAAAGUACCGUUCCGUCGAUUUAUCGCCUAUGGUAUCACGAACUUUGUGCCCCAUAUCCCCAAAAUGGUACAAGUUAUGCGAGAUAUGUUUGGCGAAUGGAAUGGAAUUAAGUACCCUAUAAGCGAUAAUGAAUUCAAUGGGAGGUUUUACCAAGCUGCUUGCAACGCGCAGUCGUUUUCGGAUCGGGACAACCCAUUCAAGAAAUUUCUGAAUAACUUGAAAAACAAAAUGUCUCAACAAACUGUCGGUUUGCUAAAGUACAUGAAAGGCGACCCAAAUCCCGCAAUAUUCGCUGGAUUGUUUCCACUCCACUCCAGUUUGAACCACUCUUGCGAUAACAAUGUUGAAUGCUACGAUGACUACAUAGACGGUCGACCAGCUAUUCAAGUGAGAGCUAAAAAGAACAUCAAAGCAGGGGAUGAAAUUUUGACAUCAUACAUCCACGUAAACCAGCCAAGAAAAGAACGCAGGGCACAGUUGCUUCGUGCGUUUAACUUUUGGUGUGAGUGCCCCCGCUGCAAAUUCCAAGGGGACGACGGUAUGACGUGCACUCAUUGCCACCGGGACGUCGGAGAAAGCGAGAAGAACUUCCCCGUCUGUAGUAGGUGCCACUCUGCGUGGUACUGCAGUAUCGGGUGCCAAAGACAAAACUGGAAAGAUGGCCACAAGGAAUAUUGCAAACCCCUUGUUAAACCUAACAACACCAAUAAUGACAACCCUUUCUAUCCAACUAACACAGAAUGA